GUCUAUCUGGCUUUCCCUCUUGAGAGAGAAACAUGGUUGCGUCUUGCUUGUACCUGACUGGAUUUGCGGCUAGCUUUGUUGGCUGGAUUGGCUUGAUCGUAGCAACAGCCACCAAUGACUGGGUCGUGACUUGUGGCUACACCAUCACCACUUGCCGAAAGAUGGAUGAGCUGGGAUCCAAGGGACUGUGGGCAGACUGUGUCAUGGCAACUGGGCUGUAUCACUGCAAACCACUGGUGGACAUCCUUAUAUUACCAGGAUAUGUGCAGGCAUGCCGGGCACUGAUGAUUGCAGCCUCCGUUUUGGGACUUCCAGCUGUCUUCCUUCUGGUGACUGUUCUACCUUGCAUUCGGCUUGGUCAUGAACCUGGAGCAGCCAAAUAUCGACGGUCUCAACUGGGAGGAAUCCUGCUGAUCCUCGUGGGUUUGUGUGGCAUUGUGGCUACAAUUUGGUUCCCUGUGAGUGCUCACCGUGAAACCAUGAUCAUGAGCUUUGGAUACUCCCUCUACACUGGCUGGAUUGGGUCCACUCUUGCCCUCCUUGGUGGAUGCAUCAUUGUUUGCUGCUCGGGAGAUGCUCAGUCGUUUGGUGAGAACCGGUACUAUGCCUCAGGAUCUAGCUCACCUACUCAUGCGAAAAGUGCCCACGUAUAAAGGCUCCGGAGACUACCUACAUAUUUGUGAAAUGUUUUUGAAACGGGUGGAGGGGGGAUUGUGUCUCUUUUUGGGGGGAAUCUUGCAUUGGCUUGCAUAUUCACACACAAGUUGGCCAAAUCCAUUGCAGAAUGUU